AUGGCCCAAACCAACCAAGCAACCUCGGGGACAUCUGCUUAUUCUUUUCUUUUUCACAUUCUCGUCGAGUUCGCCAUAACUAAUAUCCCAACGAGUUCGGCCAUCUUCAGACGUCACACUUGCUCUUCGCAGCUACCUUACGUUCAGAAGCAUUAUCGGUGCGGGAUCAAUUGUUCGCUGUGUUUUCUCGCCCCGUAUCUGUCUCUUCGCUACCGUUCAGUAGACAGGAUGCCGCGUGCAACCAGCAGAUCUUCUGGAUCGAGGGCCUCUGCUCCGGCGAGGCCAGCUCCGAGGCCAGCACCUGCGUCGCACACUCACUCUGCGCCUCCACCCGCACCAGGUACUCCAUCGGCAGCGCAACCAGCGCCUUCCCCAGCGCAGCCAGCAGCAGCCUCUGGAGGGGGUAGCAUGCUGGGUGGGUUGAUGCAGACGGUGGGAGAGGGCAUGGCGUUUGGAACAGGAUCCGCCAUUGCCAACAGAGCCGUGGAUGCCAUCAUGGGUCCGCGCACUGUCGUGCACGAGCACGUCAACUCCGCCGCGCCUGCAGCCGCGCCUGCAGCUGCGCCCGCUUCCGCUCCUGCGACUGCCAGCUCGCCGACGGACUGCACUCAGCUGCAGCAGGAUUUCAACAAGUGCGUGGAAAUGCAUGGGAGCGACAUUUCCAAAUGCCAGUUCUAUCUGGAUAUGCUUACUGAGUGCAAGCGGAGCGCCUCUUCAGGGAAUACGCUUCAGUGA